AUGGUAACGACAACAGAGGUGCAGCCUAUCAUGGAGGAGGCCUCAGGCUGUGGUCUGCUCGUACCGCGCUGUCUCCUCGGCCCCCCGCCCACGGUGGUGGGGACUGCGGAGCUCUGCUGCGGAGUGGACCAGCUCCCCCCGCUCACGCUUCAGCAGAACCAGCCGCCCGCAGGCAGCGCCGCUCUGAGAGGGACCUUAAGACCCGCUGGGGACGGAGGCAGGGUGUCUGACUCUGACUCUGAGCCCAGCAGGGUGUCUGACUCUGACUCUGAGCCCAGCAGGGUGCCUGACUCUGACUCUGCGUCCAGCAGGGUGCCUGACUCUGAGCCCAGCAGGGUGUCUGACUCUGACUCUGAGCCCUCAGGGUGUCUGACUCUGACUCUGAGCCCAGCAGGGUGCCUGACUCUGUCCCCUCAGCCCAGCAGGGUGUCUGACUCUGAGCCCAGCAGGGUGUCUGACUCUGAGCCCAGCAGGGUGUCUGACUCUGACUCUGAGCCCAGCAGGGUGCCUGACUCUGACUCUGAGCCCAGCAGGGUGCCUGACUCUGACUCUGAGCCCAGCAGGCUCUGCCUCCUCUGCCAGGUCCUGGAGGGGCGUCCCGUCUUCGUGGAUUGCUACGGCAACCUGGCACCGCUGACCAAGGCGGGCCAGCAGCUGGUCCUCAACUUCUACGCCUUCAAGGAGAACCGCCUGCCCUUCUGCGUCAAGGUGCGGGACAACGGCCAGGAGCCUUGCGGCCGCCUCUCGUUCCUCAAGGAGUCCCGGGGCACCAAGGGCCUCGCGCCCACCGCCGUCUGCAACCUCAACAUCACGCUGCCCCCGCUCAAGAAGGAAAUGGAAUCAGAUCCCGAGGAUGAGAACGAAAAGCCCGAGAGACGCCAUACCUUUGCCUCCCUAGCCUUACGUAAGCGCUACAGCUAUCUGGCCCCGCCUGCACUGAAGAGCGCGGUUGAGCGCGGAGCAGCAGCGAGAACACUGCCUGCUGGUCACCCUCACAAACCUGUCUUUCCAACCCGACCUUUCUCCGCGUGGUCGACUGCUCCUAUUACCGUCCCUGGUCAAACGCGGCUCGUCGGACUGGGGGGCCCCGGGCCCCGUGGCGCUUCGCCAACAGGCUCGCCAGGUUCUUCUCCACUGAAGUCCUGCUGGCCCCUGUCCUCCCCCUGCCCCAUCUCCCCAGCGUCCAUCAGAACCCUCCUGGGAGCCCCUCCCCCGGUCCCGUACAUCACCUCCCCGGUUCAGUCCCCCAGUGAAGUAGCAUCCUCCUCCCCCAUUCGGACUUAUAGAACUAUGGCGUCACCCAUCAAGACAGUGGUCCAGCAGGGACAGUUCCCUGUGCAGGGGUCUGCCAGCCUGGUGUCCUCUGGCUGCCCGAGCAAACAGGCCACCGACCCGGCCUCUAUCAAAAGUCUUGCUUCCGCUUACACUUCGAGGACUUCCCCAGUGCACGCCUCUGCCAGCGGCUCUGUGGUCGACAGAUCGCUGGCCGCGCACAGCACGCCAACGUCUCCAAAGACGUCUGUGAACAUGUACAAUUCUGGUCUCCCUUUUAAAUCUGUCCUAGGUUCCACGCAUACAACAGACGCAUUGUCGACGUCUCUCUCUGCUGCUAAAUCCAUCUCCAGUUUGUCCUUAAUGCAAAGCUCUGUCGACUCAACCCUAGCGUCCCAUGGAGGGCGAUCUACAGUCUCCUCUCUCUCAACCGGACAGACCACAAUCGCCUGCUCAGAUUUCUCCACUCUGAAUGGAUCCCAAUCACCCGUAAAGUUCCCAUCGUCUUCCUCCUCGCCAUCCUCGCCUUCCUCACGCCUCUUCUCCGACAGGAGUAGCAGCCUCCAGGACAGAAUCCAGGCCACCACCCAGGCGGCAACCUCCAGCGCCAGUGCAGCCAUAAACGAAGCCAUAAACUCGUGCUCCGCCUCAGGCUACGGCACUCUCAAAUCCAUGUCCUCCACACAUAGAUCUGCAGCCUCCAGCUCUGCUUACGGCUCCUAUAGAUCUGCAAAUGCCAGCUUGCCAGCGUCCUCCAGUAGCACGGCGGUACCAGUGUACUCCAGUAGCAUGACCGUACCAGUGUACUCCCUCGUCAACGUGCUGCCCGACUCCCCCGUCAAACCAGGACCAGGCUCCCUCAAAAUGUCCCUGCCCGGUCCUUCCCAUGCCGGCAUGCCCUCGUCGUCUCUGACUUCCUGUGUCACCUCGUCUAAAAUCAACUCUCAGCUGAAGUCCCCUCCGUUCAUCACGCCGCCGGUCAUCCACACGACGGCAACGUCCAACCAGGACAUACUGAGGGACGUAGCGAACAUGAAGGAGGAUCUGAUGCGUAUGACCGCCAUCCUGCAGACAGACACACAUACAGCGGCUAAAACCGUGCAGACGUCUCACAGCGGAACCCCCAAAGAAAUGAGGUUAGAGGAUGAGGAGCCGUACACUUUAGUGGAAAAGGUCAAGGAGGAUUUAGUGAAAGUCAGUCAAAUAUUACAAACAGAUAUUUUAAUGGAAGGUAAAGCAAGGGCCACUAAAAAGAGAGGUUUGGCCGAUGAGUGGGAGGAAUUCUCUAAUGGGGAGAUUGAGGAAGCACAGAGAUGCUCUCUGCCAGAGUACAAUCCUCCUUUUGAUGCAAACACUCAACCAGUCAGGCCCCAGUCUGUGCCAGUCAGAGACUUUGACUUGUCUAGGGUAAUAGAUUACCUAGCCAAUGACAUUGGCGCUAGCUCUUUGUCUAAAAUGGCAGAGGUCAGAAGUAGGCUGGAGGAGGAAGCAAAGAUAGAAGAAAAACAGAAGCGCGUUCUGAAGCCGGCCAUGUCCUUACAGGACCACAAGCUGAAGAUGCCUCCGCCUGGGUCGGGAAUGCGCACCUCGCCCUCAGAGAAAGACCUCAGUAAACUGGCAGAGUCCUACCAGACGGCGGACGCGCCCCUGGAGUCCCCUGAGGACCUGUCCCACGAGCAGGAUAAGAGCCCCCUGUCAGACAGUGGCUUCGAGACCAGGAGUGAGAAGACGCCUUCUGCGCCUCAGAGCGCAGAGAGCACCGGUCCGAAGCCCCUGUUCGCCGACUCCCCCAUCCCCCCCUGCGUCACUGAGACCAGAACAGAGGUCCACAUCAGGAGCUACGAGCAGCCAGAUGACCUCUGUGAGCCUUUGCUGGUGGAGGAAGCUGCGACGGCUUACCCCCGUAUGGAGUCAGACAUGGCCUCUCCGAGCCCCCUCACGGAUAGGGUCAAAGCCCUUCAGGUCAAUAUGUCAGAGGAGGACUCAAUGAUGAGCAAAAGCAUGUGCCUAAAAGAGGAAACUCACAUCACGACCACUACUAGAAUGGUCUAUCACCAGCCCCAGAUAGCUGAAGGAGCAGACAUGAUGGAGGAGUCGAUGUCCGUUCGAGACAUCAUGAAGGCAUUUCAGUCAGGUAGAGAUCCAUCGAAAGACCUGGCGGGCCUUUUUGAACACAAAGCCAGCCAGGAUUCUGUCAAAGGAGAUGAACUCACUCCACGGUUUCUUGACAAAGACACUAAAUCCAAACAGAAGGUGGAGAGGAUUAUAGAGGUUCACAUAGGAAAGGGCCACAGCGCCACGGAGCCGACCGAGGUCAUCAUCAGAGGGAGCAAGAAGCACCCAGAGCUCUACGCUUACAAAGGCGACCGCGGCAUCAGGGAGCUCAGUGAUUAUGACCAACAGGAAGAGGAGGAGCUGACCGCAGAGGAAGCCUUGCCUUCCUUCCUGGAAACCUCUCGUGUGAACACCCCACUGUCGCAUGAAGAAGACAGCCGCCCAAGCUCUGCUCAACUGAUGGCAGACGACUCGUACAAAGCUCUGAAGCUUCUGAGCCAGAAUUCCAUAGAAUACUGUGAUGAUGAGCUGUCAGAAAUCAGAGGGGAGUCCUACAGGUUUGCAGAGAAAAUGCUUCAUUCAGAGAAACUAGACCCAUCUUCACAAUCACCCUCAGACACAGAGGAUUCAGCCAUGACGGCCGACCAAACCCAUGGCAGCGCAGAGGCCAUGAGUCAACAGCAGGGAAGCCCCAAAAAGCAGUUUUCCUCCAGGACCCCAAAAGAAGGGUCUCCUAAAUCAGGGAAGUUUUCCUCCAACAGAGAGGAACAGGCUCAGUUUGAUAAAGUUACUGUGCUGCAUUAUUCAACAGAUCAGGGCAGCCCCAAACACGCCGUGUGGAUGCGGUUCACAGAAGAUAAGCAUGAUAGGAGCAGAGACAACCUGCUCUAUGAGGACAGAGUGGACAAGACUGUGAAGGAAGCUGAGGAGAAACUGAGUGAAGUGUCACAGUUCUUCCGUGACAAAACAGAGAAGCUUAAUGAUGAACUUCAGUCCCCUGAGAAGAAACCUAUGAGGAGGUCCGGGCAGGGCGCUCACUCUGGGCCCAGCUCGGCCGGCAGCAGUCCUGAGAGGAGCCAACACAAGCUCCCGGCAGGAGAGGGCUGGAGUAAAAGCGAUGUCAGGGAGCCGUUUGUGAGCAAGAUGUCCGGUAGCAACGCUUCAAGUGACAGGAAUGGCUCUAGUUUACCCAGCAGUCCGGAGCCAAGUGUCUUUUCACGCCUCAGUGAGAGUACAGUUAAACCCCCUAGUAAGAUCAGCGAGCCCGCUCCGUCGUCUCCGGUGGCGGGUAAAUCCACAUCGAAGGUCAGCUCUGUGAGAAUGAAGUUUGAAGCUGAGGCUCAGAAACAAAGUCAGCCUAGUGCAGCAAAGAUCCCUCCCCCAGUGCAGCCCAAACCCUCGGUGAGCAAACUUCCUGUCUACCAGCUAUCAGGAGCAGGCCGGACCACCAAGGCAUCUGAAGUCUCAGGGGACAGUAGCCCACCUACUACCAGGGAAAUCAGUAAGGCAACAUCUCCCACCCUGAAACCAAUAGAGGACAAGCGGUCCAACGUUUCAGACGCAUCCCUGAAAAGAAAAAUGAGUGAUGCUGAAACUGACAAAUCUAUAUGUAAAGGCAAAGACAAUGUCGCUUAUCAGCAACUUAAAGAAAUUAAAGAUAAGAAAGCUCUGGUAUUACCAACUGCCACAUAUGACACUAAAAACGAGAAUUACCAUGAAGCUCAAAAGCCCCACCAAUACACAAAAGUUGGAAGUGUCUCUAAAAAGGUUGAGGCUGAGGUAUUAAGAAAAGACAGCGAAAAACCGGUCAACCAAAACAUAAGACAAAAGUCAGAAUCUCAGAUUCCUAUUCGAGCAGUCUCCUCCCCAGCUGAUAGUGAUCUUCAAAAGAAACUAACUGUAACCAAACCGUCCCAGAUACCAACAUUAGCUAAGAGCAGAAUAGAGACGGGCCCUGAGACAACCCUGCCCCUACUGGAUGAACAUCUUACUAACAACACAUUUGAGAUUUUAGAUAAUGCCCCCAGAGACUCCAACUCAAAUAAGCUUCCAAGUCCUGCAGAAACACUAGAAAAGAUCAUCGGCCCCCCGAUGACUUCAACGACCAAAGAGAACUUCAAGGGCAUCGAAACCCUCCCAGUUUAUGCAGGUGUCCAGUUGGGCAGACAAGCAGAAAGAGAGGCGAAGGGAGGGCUUUACACGGUAAAACAGAAGUCCUGCAUGGCCCUCAGCCCCAUCAGCCCUGACGAUGACACCCUAGAGCAGGUCUCCUUCAUGGACAGCUCUGGGAAGAGUCCGCUCACUCCAGAGACCCCCAGCUCUGAGGAGGUGAGCUACGACCUCACAGCCAGGACCCCCGAUUGCUUCGGAGACUUUUUACCAGGGAAUACUAGCCCUAUAAUGGAGGUUUCUGAGGAUUCAGAGGAAGACCACUGCAAAUCUAGUUUCUCUUUUAAAGAGGCCUUACCAAGAAAACCAGAUAGUAAAACCGUUGAAGCCAAUCAAGCUGAUGUUUAUAAUUCUAAUCAGGAGCAAAAGAAAGCGAUAGACAAUCAGACAGAAUCUGAAUCUUAUUUAAACCAGCAUGAUACAUCAGACAACGCAAAUGAGUACAAGACAGAGCAAGAGCAGCAAACUGUAUCUAAAGACAAAGGUGUUGCAUAUAUAGAGUUUCCACCUCCUCCCCCUCUCGAUUCAGCCUCUGAACAGUCAGAUGUAGAGAGGAAAGGUUCCUGUAACUCUUCAGGAACUGAGACGGAGAUGAUGGAGGUGAACUUGCAGGAAGAGCAUGAUAGGCAUCUACUGACUGAGCCAAUCAUACGCAUCCAGCCGCCCACCCCCGUGCUCACAGAUGCUGAUGACAGCCAAUCAAAUGCUGAGGAUGACGGGGACGACGUGUCAGUCUUCCAGCCUGUACCUUAUAAGCAUUCAACCCUCCCUGAAGAGGAGAAGGUCAAGGUGGGUUCCAAACCCAAAAAACAGGACAAAAAUGGGAACAACAAAGAACCCAACGGUGGAACCGAGGGAACCAACGGCUCCUACGGUUCCGAUGGUUUAAAUGGCAAAGAGGGAGAAGAGGGUGAUGGUGAACAGAACGGGAACGACCAGUCGAUCACAGACUGCUCCAUCGCCACCACCGCUGAGUUCUCCCAUGACACGGACGCCACGGAGAUCGACUCGCUGGACGGGUACGAGCUCCAGGACGAGGACGACGGUCUGUGUGAGCAGGCAGACUCUCGGCUGUUCGGCCUCCCGGACAGCAGGAGGGACGUCUGGGCGACCGAAUCCUUCCGCUCCACAGACAGGUCCUUCCCCCCCACCAAACUAGAAGCCAUCGAGGAGGAGAAAUCUCCAGAGGAAAUUGUAAAGAAUGACUCUCAGAACGGCUCCCCCUCGGUUGGGGAGAAGACCGAGGACGUUUGUGAAGACGCGGAGAAGAAGCCCGCGGACAAAGAGGGCUUCUCUGACACUUACUUUAGCUAUAAACUCGAGGAAGAAUUUAACUCCACGUUCAAGACGGUGGCGACCAAAGGGCUGGACUUUGACCCCUGGCCUUCCAAAGGCGAGGAGGACGUGGUGGUGGACAUGGCGGAGCCCAGAGACAUCAACGACGAGCCCAAGCCUUUCGGACUGGCCGCCGACGAACACUCACAGAACACCACGCCUGACACCACCCCCGCGCGAACGCCCACCGACGAUAGCACGCCGACAAGCGAGCCGAACCCCUUCCCCUUCCAUGAAGGGAAAAUGUUUGAGAUGACACGCAGCGGUGCGAUUGACAUGAGCAAGAGGGACAUGGUGGAGGAGAGGCUCCAGUUCUUUCAGAUUGGCCCACAGAGCCCCUGUGAGAGGACGGACCUCCGGAUGGCCAUAGUGGCGGACCACCUGGGACUCAGUUGGACUGAGCUGGCCCGGGAGCUGGACUUCUCUGUGGAGGAGAUCAACCACAUCCGCGUGGACAACCCCAACUCCCUGACGGCGCAGAGCUUCAUGCUGCUCAAGAAAUGGGUCCACAGGGACGGCAAGAGCGCCACCACGGACACGUUAACUGCAGUGCUGACUAAGAUCAAUCGUUUGGAUAUUGUGACUUUGCUGGAAGGGCCUAUAUUUGACUAUGGUAACAUUUCAGGCACACGGUGUUUUGCCGAUGAUAACGCAGUAUUCCUGGAUCAGUCCGAUGGUUAUCAGAGCGUAGAUCAGGAGCUGCAGACUCCCGCGGCGUUGAGCUACCAGCCCCCCACCCCGCUGACCAACGACUACUUCUUCGGCGAGGGCGACCCUAGCGUAGACUCGGAGCCCGGCUGGUUCGCCCCCGCCCGGCCCAGCGACCUCUCCCUCCCCGAGACCACCCGGGACCCCCCCGCCGCGGGCCCCCCCCCCACCGUGCUCCCCGAGGACACCUCCCUCAGCAGGGGGAGUCAGGGGGAGGGCCCGGGGGUCCGCUGCGAGGGGCCGGAUAACGAGAGGCGGGGCUUUAGGGAGGAGCCCCCCCAGGUCUUCCAGGAGACCCCCGAGUCGGCCCCAGCCCCCCUAGAGGAGCAGGCAGGGGGGGCCCGGCCCGGGGGCGCGGCCGUAGACACCGGCGCUGACAGGAGAGAGGAGCUGGCUAGCGGAGGGAGGGUGGAGGAGGAGGAGGAGGAGGAGGAGGAGGAGGAGGGGGAGAUGACCCAGGAGAAGAUCAGGAGUCUGCUGGAGGACAUCAGGCUGGAGGGGGGGGGCUCGGGGGACGAGGAGAUGACGGAGGAGAGGGUGAACGCCAUCCUGGACCAAGUGCGCCAGGCAGAGACAGACGUGUGUUCAGUUCCAGGCUGGCAGAGCGACGCCCCGGCCGCGCCCGCCCCCGUGGCCACGCCCGGCCCUGAGGCCACGCCCCCAGCAAAGGACGGAAGCAGUCCUGAGUGUGGGCCCGCCUCCUCGGGGUCCAAGGCUCAGAGGAAGGGCCGUGAUGAAGAGGAGGAGAGCAGGAAGAAGAGCGCGCCCUCUCAGCACACCCCCCAGGGAGGAGCUAGCGCGUCCAGCUCUGAGGAGGAGACCAUCACCACCAGGGUGUACCGCAGGAGGGUGGUCCUCAAGGGGGAACAGGCCCGCAACGUUCCUGGGGAGAGUGUGACCGAGGAACAGUUCAUAGACGAGGACGGGACCCUGGUCACCAGAAAAGUGAUCAGGAAGGUGGUGCGGCGCCAGGAGAGGACGGGGGAGGGCGGAGCUGCUGGGGACGGUGACGGGGCUGCUGCUAGUGGUGCUGGUGGUGGUGCUGGUGGAGGAGGAGGUGGAGGAGGAGGUGGAGGAGGAGGGAAGGGCAGGAAGAGAGGCAAGCGGUCCCGGGGGGGGCCCCGGGCAGACGGCCCCGAGGAGGAGCCCGGCAGAGACGGCCCUGCAGGCAGCGAGGGCCAGAGGGCCCCCAAGGGAAAGCAGGGGCGUAGGAAGGAGAAGGCUCAGUCCUAAUGGUGGCGGCGGAUCCUCCCGGUCCACGGACCCCUGGACGGCCCAGACCCCUGAACCCCUGAACCCCUGAACCCCUGAACCCAGAGAACCAGGGAAAAUUUGACUUAAUACGCAUGGUGUUCAGCGAGACUAAAACACACACAAGAAUGAAAACAAGAGAAAGAAUCCAUUUUCUGAGUUCGCAUGAGCAUGUCACCAAACUCACUUCCUGUCCAAACUGUUAAUGAAACAAGAUGGAGGCGACCCGCACCGGGCCUCACACACACACACACACACACACACACACACACACACACACACACACACACACACACACACACACA